UAUGUAAACAUAAAUGUGAUCCAGUGAUUGUAUCACAGUUACAUAAAAGAUUACUUUUAAUUUGGCUUAUUUUAUAUGGAAAUCCAAUUCAUGGAUUAUACAUGAUUUAGGAUUAAUUGUUUUAAGGGUUUUGAAAUGUAAAUUCUUUUGUUCUAAAUUAGUAGAACAAUUGGAAAGAAAAUAUUUUUUUGCCAGGGGACUGCCUGGAGUGGCUAAGUAACUUCAAAGAAGCCACUAAACACUGCUCACAACAGAACACCUGAACCUUAAGGGAUGAGGGGAGACUCCUACUUCUUUGGAAUGCGGGGCCUGGGCCACUAUGGCUGCAUCCCGGAGGAUGGAGGACAUUUCUUACUCUACUCUAUAAAUGGAGACAACAGCUUAAAGAGAUGUUUUGCAGAGGAAGAUUUUCAUGAAAUAAUUGAUUUCAACGAUCUCCCAAAUUCUCUCUUUGCCUGCAACGUUCACCAGUCCGUGUUUGAAGACGAGGACAGUAAGGAGAAAUUCGAAGGCUUGUUCCGUGCCUAUGAUGAGUGUGUGACAUUCCAGCUGUUCAAAAGCUUCAGGCGCGUGCGGAUAAAUUUUAGCAGUCCCAAAUCAGCUGCUCGUGCCAGGAUAGAGCUGCAUGAAACACAGUUCCGAGGGAAGAAGUUAAAGUUGUAUUUUGCACAGAUUCAGACCUCUGAGACAGAUGGAGACAAGCUUCAUUUGGCACCACCACAGCCUGCAAAACAGUUUCUCAUCUCGCCUCCAGCCUCCCCACCUGUAGGGUGGCAACCAAUAGACGAUGCAACACCUGUCAUCAACUACGACCUCCUUUAUGCAGUUUCCAAGCUUGGACCAGGAGAGAAAUACGAGCUGCACGCGGGAACAGAGUCCACUCCCAGUGUGGUAGUGCACGUCUGCGACAGCGACAUGGAAGACGACGAGGACCCAAAGAAUUCUCCAAAGCCAAAAAUCAUUCAAACUCGACGCCCUGGUCUGCCGCCGCCUGUAUCUAACUGAGCCUCUCCGGCAGAAGCAGCACUUCUCUCCUCCAGCACAGCUCUUGGUUUUUGUUUGCUUUGUUCUGUUCAAAGGCAGCCAUUGCCUUCUGAGUACCGGGACAUUAAGGUCAUUGAAACCCCUUCACAGUAAUCAAGCCUAUGUAACAAAAGGGCUAGGAAAAAGAUCUUUGUACAUGUAACCAUAUCACACCAACUAAUAGGUCUAGCUGGAAAGGGCAAAACUAGGCAGAAGAAACGAGGGAGGGUUUCAGUCUGAGGAUGUUUUCGCAGCUCUAAUUUGCAUGCUGAAACAUCACUACCAGAGAGACGGUUCAGGGUGGAAAUUAGACUGAUAUCAGGCUUGAUAUUCAAGCUCCCAGGAUACUUGCUACUGCCCUUCAUCAAGCAGCCUGCUCCUCUGCCCUCCUCACUUUCCACCAGAGAGGUUUUUUUCCCUUUUUCUUUUAUUUUUUUUAAAGGGGGUAUGUGUGGUUUUUUUUUA